CACACAAAGGAGAGGAAACAAAACAAAGCCAGGAAGACUGGCAUUAACUGGGAAUUCACAUGAACUCACACUUAGAAAAAAAAGGAUGCACUGAGUCUCUGUUGCCUCUUAAAAGCCUGUUUCAAAGACUCGGGGCACUGCUGCUGCGGGGAGGCAGCAAAACAGCACCUCUGGGUGAUGGUGAGGCAGCAUUUCAACGUGGUCUUUCCUCGUUGUUGCGUCUCCUGCUGAGUCAGCUGUGCAGCGUCGCGAUGAACGGGAGUCGGUGCAGCGCGGCGGACAGUCCGGUGGGCGGUGUCUCCUCGGUGGACGGACUACCGCCGCUUCCCAGAGGCCUGAGCGGCAUCCUGAACUCCAGCGGCGGCUCGUGGCGGGACAUCGAGAAGGUGCACAGCAAGAGAGCGCGCAUCCAGGCCGACAUCAGCCGGGGCGGCGGGGACGCGCCGCGCAGUCACGGCAAACCUGCAGGGCUGGACGCUGCUCUGGCUCUGCUGCGGAAAGAGAUGGUGGGUCUGCGUCAGCUCGACAUGUCUCUGCUGUGCCAGCUGUGGUCUCUCCACGAGGCCAUCCAGGAGUACAAGGGCUCCUCGCUGCUGUCCGAGGCCUCGCUCAGUGCUGAUAAUGGAUCCUCUGAGGAGGACGAGGAGGAUGAAGAUGAAGAGGAGACAGCAGUUCUGUCACAGCUUCCAUCAUCUUCAUCCUUGUCUCUGCCUCCACCCAGCUGCAACUCCAGGGACCAGUGGAUCAAAGACUCCUUUCAUAUUCCCUGAUGAAGAUACUGCACACACACACACACACCAUGCAGUAUACACAGUAAACACAUCUUAACUUAACACUAAGUUUAUAUCAUUCACUGUACCUUUAAGCCUUAAUUACACUAGUUUUUAUGUCAUUGAUCUCUUGUCCAGAUUUUUUUUCUGUCCACGAGCCAAUCAAAUGAGAGCAAAUCAAUAUCUCUGCAAUACAGGGUGCUCUAAUUAUGCUCUACCUGGAUGCUUUAUUUUCUGUCAGUUGUGUAUCUCAGCAGAAAUAAGGCCAAAAAAGAGAGAAAUUUGCCAUAUUGCUUAAUCUUCAUACUAGUACAUGCUGCUUGCUUGUCAUUGACUAUGAGCUGUGUGCAGAUUUUUUGAUACACCUGAUGUUGAUGUGUCCGGUUUCCGGAUUAUUCCAGACUUUAUAGACUCUCUGUUCCGUAAAUCCAGCAGCAUAAUCUUACAUUGCACAGAUUUUUCCACAAUUUAGUGUCUUAAAUGAAGAACAGAAGUGCUGUCAAUCAGUAAACUGCAUUUUAUAAACAUUUGUCACAAUAUACACAUUUUUUUCUGACCCGGAUCUGAGGAGGAAUUAUUUUCAAAACCAGGCAUUUAUAAAUAUCCUCAAUAUUUCCUGUCGAAUCACAAGCUACAAUACAUGUAUGCACAGUUGCCUCUGUGUCUUGGCUGCCUUUAAAUUUUGUUAAAGCCUGUUACAUUUUUGUAACCGCCGUGUUUUAAGUUCUAUGUGCUACUGCUUUCUCAGCCAGGUUAACAGCGAGGCAACUCUCCUGGUUGAAUACAGUCGACCAGUCUAGAAACUCUUUCUAAUAAAUGCAGACUAUAGGAAGUAAUCCCUUUCUGUGAAGCCAACAAACUAAAAUUUGAUUUUGAUGGGAUUCCAUUUAGAUCAUAUUUUUUCAGUAUCAUCUGUAUGUCACAGUGGAUUUUCCAACUUCAAAAUAUUUUUUUAGCCCAAACAUUAGAAGUUGUGAUGUCAUUUGAGGUAUAAUCAUUGAAGGGAGAUACAUUCCCUCCUGGUGGUUGCAGCACGGACUACAGUAAAAGACUACAAGACCCACCGUAAGCAAGCAGGGCAGUCAGGACACUGAUUGCUGCCCAACUGAAACAAAUCGGCCCCAGUGAGGGAGCUGAGGGAGAUCAGUGCAUGUGGAGGAGAGACAGUGAUUAAGACAAGCAGAGAAGAUCACUUUUUAAAGUUAAGUUACACAGAAGAUAGUGAACUAUAAUUUUGAUUUACAUAACUGCUUUUGUUUUAAACUCCUGUCUGCAAGAAAUAAGUUGACCUUUUACAGAAGACUGAAUACACUGAGUUUAAGUUGGAAAACAUUUGACUGUCUUCAUUUCUUGCACCCACACCUUAAAAGAUCCAAGAGAAAAGCUUCCAGCCUCUCACGGCAUCAAAAACGAUACAAAGCAUAUGAAGUCAGUGUGUUAAGAGGUAGAGUGGUUGAAAUGGUUACACUGUCUUGGAUUAAGUCAUUUAUCAAAACUGUAUUAAAGUUUUCUAGAUUACAA